UGCCCGGCUCUCCGGAAAUGCCGGGCUAGCUGAAGGAGUAGCGGCUUUCUCGAGCGCUGUACCUGGUGGGUUGUAAUUCUAGGGUCCUAGUGACAGUGCAGGAGCAGGGUUGGAGCAGGGCGUCGAGGUUGAGCGGCGGGAUGAUGGAGGAGGAGGAACUGGAGUUCGUGGAGGAGCUGGAGGCCGUGCUACAGCUCACGCCUGAGGUGCAACUAGCCAUAGAGCAGGUAUUUCCAAGCCAAGAUCCUCUCGAUCAAGCUGACUUCAAUGCUGUUGAGUAUAUCAAUACUCUGUUCCCAACAGAGCAAUCUCUGGCAAACAUAGAUGAUGUCGUGAACAAAAUUAGACUGAAAAUAAGGAGACUGGAUGACAAUAUCCGGACUGUCGUGAGAGGUCAAACAAACGUGGGGCAGGAUGGAAGGCAAGCACUCGAAGAGGCCCAGAAAGCCAUUCAGCAGCUCUUUGGCAAAAUCAAGGAUAUCAAAGAUAAGGCAGAAAAGUCAGAACAAAUGGUGAAGGAAAUCACUCGAGAUAUUAAGCAGUUAGACCAUGCCAAGCGCCACCUGACCACCUCAAUCACGACACUGAACCACCUGCACAUGCUGGCUGGUGGGGUUGACUCCCUGGAAGCCAUGACCAGGCGCAGACAGUACGGAGAAGUUGCUAAUCUCCUUCAGGGCGUAAUGAAUGUUCUGGAGCACUUUCACAAGUACAUGGGAAUUCCACAGAUCCGACAGCUUUCUGAAAGGGUGAAGGCUGCACAGACUGAGUUAGGACAGCAGAUCCUGGCUGAUUUUGAAGAGGCGUUUCCCUCACAGGGUACCAAGAGGCCAGGAGGACCCAGCAAUGUCCUGAGGGAUGCAUGCCUGGUGGCUAAUAUUUUGGACCCCAGAAUCAAACAGGAAAUCAUCAAAAAGUUUAUUAAACAGCAUCUAUCAGAGUAUCUAGUACUUUUUCAAGAAAACCAAGAUGUUGCCUGGCUGGACAAAAUUGACAGACGUUAUGCCUGGGUGAAGCGCCAGCUUGUGGACUAUGAGGAGAAGUAUGGUCGGAUGUUUCCACGGGAGUGGUACAUGACGGAGAGGAUCUCAGUAGAAUUCUGCCACGUGACGAGGACAGAACUUUCCAAAAUCAUGCGAGCCAGAGCUAAGGAAAUUGAAGUGAAAUUGCUUCUUUUUGCGAUUCAGAGAACAACUAACUUUGAGGGGUUUCUUGCAAAACGAUUCUCUGGUUGUACCCUGACAGACGGAACCCUGAAAAAGCUGGAGUCCCCACCAUCGUCUACCAACCCCUUCCUGGAAGAGGAGACAACACCAGAGAUGGAGGAGCUGGCGCUGGAGAAAGGGGAGUUAGAGCAACCAAAGAAGCCCAAAGCCCCAGACAAUCCAUUUCAUGGCAUUGUUUCCAAGUGUUUUGAGCCUCAUCUCUACGUAUACAUUGAGUCCCAGGACAAAAACCUCAGUGAGCUGAUAGACCGGUUUGUGGCAGAUUUCAAAGCCCAGGGCCCACCGAAGCCUAACACUGACGAAGGGGGUGCUGUACUCCCCAGCUGUGCUGACCUCUUCGUCUACUACAAGAAGUGCAUGGUGCAGUGCUCACAGCUCAGCACUGGGGAGCCCAUGAUCGCCCUGACCACCAUCUUCCAGAAGUACCUCAGAGAAUAUGCCUGGAAAAUUCUCUCUGGCAACCUCCCUAAGACCACCAGCAGCAGUGGGGGACUGACCAUCAGCAGCCUCCUCAAAGAGAAGGAGGGCUCGGAAGUGGCCAGGUUCACUCUGGAGGAGCUGUGUCUCAUCUGCAGCAUCCUCAGCACAGCCGAGUACUGUCUGGCUACUACUCAGCAGCUAGAAGAAAAACUCAAAGAAAAAGUUGAUGUAAGUCUGACUGAACGAAUUAAUCUCACGGGAGAAAUGGACACAUUCAGCACUGUCAUCUCCAGCAGCAUCCAGCUGUUGGUUCAGGAUUUGGAUGCAGCCUGUGAUCCUGCCCUGAUUGCCAUGAGCAAGAUGCCAUGGCAGAAUGUGGAGCAUGUUGGUGACCAGAGCCCUUAUGUCACUUCUGUUAUUCUUCACAUUAAGCAGAAUGUCCCCAUCAUCCGUGACAACCUGGCUUCCACACGAAAAUACUUCACGCAGUUCUGCAUUAAAUUUGCAAACUCAUUCAUCCCCAAAUUCAUCACUCACCUCUUCAAGUGCAAGCCAAUCAGCAUGGUGGGAGCAGAGCAGCUGCUGUUGGACACCCACUCCCUGAAGAUGGUCCUGCUCGAUCUCCCAUCCAUCGGCUCACAGGUUGUGAGGAAGGCACCUGCCAGUUACACUAAGAUUGUCGUGAAAGGCAUGACCCGGGCUGAAAUGAUCCUCAAGGUGGUGAUGGCCCCUCAUGAACCAUUGGUGGUAUUUGUUGACAACUACAUCAAACUCCUUACGGAUUGCAACACAGAAACCUUCCAGAAAAUACUGGACAUGAAGGGCCUGAAGAGAAGCGAGCAGAGCAGCAUGCUGGAACUUUUCCGGCAGAGGCUCCCUGCCCCACCCUCAGGGACAGAAAGUUCCAGCACACUGUCCCUAAUGGCUCCAACACCAGAGCAGGAAUCGUCCCGCAUCCGCAAACUUGAGAAACUGAUUAAAAAGAGACUGUAAGGAAUAUACAGACACUGCCAGGGACUCUGAGCAACUGAUUUCUGGAAACCCUCACUCUCAGGACUCUAUGUCCUCCAUCUUCAAACCUCUGGGGUAUUACGGUUAUUAAAAUCUCUCUCCCAUACCCUGUCUUAGUCUCUAUGCCAGUUAGAGAAGCUGAGUGAAACUGGGUUAUAAAAAGGCAUCUUUAGAUUAUUUCCCAUUCCUGAAGCUGGGGCAGCAUUGGGUGAAAGGUCCAUGUGGCUCACUUCUGUCUCCAGGCUGCCUGUGAUGGUUGAGUUGUCACUGACUUCUGUCACCUCACCACACAGCACACACACAUACACACACACACACACACACAGACACACACACACACACACACACACACACACACACACACACACACACACCAGCUCUAGGCCCUACCAGCCUGUGCCUGCAGCUUGACUGAGAAAGCCUGGAUCUCACCCCUUCCUCCCUCUGUAUUUGAGGUCAAAGCCUCUGCAACCAGGGGUGCCUUUCCCCUCCUUGUCUCUGGAAUGGACUUGGGGCCUGAGUGAACCAAGUGGCAGAUGACAGAGUGGGAUACUGGCCUCUCUUUGUCAGGACCCUGCCAGGAUUGGCAAGUCUGAUGUUAUUGCUGCUUUCUAGGACUUAAAUCUACUGUCUUCCAUGACAUGGCCAAAUUAUCCCCAUGUUCUCCCAUUCUGUGUACUUCCCAGCCUGGGUAGCAGAUAUCUUUCCUGUGAUGGGCUCCUGAGCUGGUGUGGAGGCAGACCUCCCUGCUCACUUAAACACAUUGUGCAGCCCACUUCGCUUUGCUCCUGGAUCCUAGGGAGGGGGCUGUCUUCUGAGAAGACUGUCUUCUGAAGUUCCCUUGGAAGGGCUUUCUCUGGCUUUCUUGGCAGAAGCUGUGGGAAGGAAGACACAGUAAGUCUGACUGCCUGACUUCCCACUCCCUCAUACAUUUCAAGUCUAGAGUACUUUCCAGAGUCCCUGAGACAUGGUGGCACCACAUUGGCACGUCAUUACUACUACCGUGAAAAGCCACCUAGCAAUGUGGUUACUGACCUUGCACCCCAGGCUCAGAGCCUGGAACAGCCCAGAGCAUAGCCCAACCCUGUUCUGCCCAUGCUGCCUACUCCCAGCUCUUGAAAUCAAGCUCUGUAGGGGGAAAUCACCCCAUCUCCAGGGAGUGAGCACCUGCCAGGGCAGGCAUCAUCCUGCUGUCUCAGCUCUUUUGAAACCAAGGCUCGAUUACAUGGCCACUGCCUCAGUGUCACCUUUAGUGACUGCUUUUGGUAUGUAUAAACUUGUCAGCCAGUAAGACAGUAAAAUCUGGGUCCUUGAAUCGAUUCCAGAUCCCAGUGCCAUUCCUUCCAUCACCACCACAGCAAAAAACUCAUCUGGUUAUUUCUGGAUACCCGGAAUGCUCAGCUUGGUCCUGGGCCCUGUGUCUCUUUUUCUCUUCUCUUUUUUGUUCUUUUGACCACUAAAGUACACCGCUAGCCCUAGGGCCUCAUUUUCUUCAUCAGCAUCUAAACUAUUCUUGCUAGUCAGUAUAACUCCUAGGUACUGAGCAUCAGCAUCUAAACUAUUCUUGCUAGACAGUGUAACUCAUGUAUUGAGCAUUUUGAAAUUCUAAACAGAAAGAAAACAAGUUGCAAGAAAAAGGUGUGUCGCCCCUGGUCAAGAUGCAUCAUAACUUAGACAAGCACAGCUCACUGGUGCUCAGUGGUGGCAUUCCUCUGUGCUGCUCUGUGGGUCUGGUAUUUCUGUGGCUUGCCCUAUUGGAAAGAAGACAUCAGGCUGUCUCCAAACAACACAGCCAGUUCAGCCACCUGCCACCCACCUAAGGGAGCUAAGGAAGCCAGUGGGCUCCUCCCACACCUGGCUACUGUCACCAUAUUCACACGGCUUAUUAUACUUCUCUUUUUGGUUCAUUCAUGAGAGGCUGGUUUUCUAGCCAUCUCUAUGAUGGCAUUGAGAUGUCAAGCCGCUGUUUCUCCCAGUUGGUGGUCACAGCCAGCAAAGUUACUUCCUUGAUGUAUUGCACUGUCGGUAAUCACCGAGGAGCCAUCAGAUAGAUGUCAGUAGGAGUUAUGUUAAAUGUCUUCUUGAUGAGGACUGAAUAUGGUGUGUUCUGUACAGACAGUCUAUUCCUCACCUGGGGAAUGCAUUAGAGUCCCCUGGGGCCCUUUGAAAAAUGCAGAUGUCUGGAGGCUUAGCUCUGUAAGUCUGCAGUGAGGCCUGGUGUGUAUGUGUUUAGAAGCUGUCAGUAUCCACGGGAGACUGAUUCCAGGACCACACACACCCGAUGCAGAUGCUCUGUCCCUUCUGUAAAAUGGCAGUGUGUGUGAAUAAUCUAAGCACAUCCUCUCGUUGACACUAAAUAUCUCCAGAGUAUGCAUAAUGCCUCAUGUGAUGUAAAUACUACAUAAAUAGUUCUUUUGUUUGGGGCAGAUUUCUUGUUUGGGGGUUUUGGUAGUGGUUUUAUUUUGUUUUGUUUUUAAGACAGAGUCUCAGUCACUGUGUGGUUCAGGCUGUCCUGGAACUCAUAAUCCAGGCUAGCCUCCCAACUACUGGCAUUGUAAAUAUGCACUGUCAUACCUUUGAAAUAGUUGUUACACUGGAUGGCUAAGGGACUAAUAACAAUUGAGAAACUAG